AUGAACACCAAAGAACUGUUUGGAGGGGCUCUAACGGCCCUGGUGCCCACAUCGUUUGCCGACGCCAGUCAAUUCCGUCAGGUGCCCGACACCCAGGAGGUUUUUGUCGACGAUGGACCCGCUGAGGAGUCGCUGAUUUUCGAUAUUCUCGAGAAGAUUUCGGAUGCAGACGACACCGCAAUCAAGACCCAUUUUGGCGAGAUUGUGGCCAUUAACGGCGGCGAAUCGCGGAUCGUGACCUCGGAACAGCUCCAGGGGACCGAGUACCCCAUCUGGACCUGUCUGGGAGAACAGGAGACCAAGAAAUGGGGCAAGGAGUCCGAGGAGCUGACCAAGGUGACCAUCUGCGUGGCGCUCAUCAGACUGGAGAAGGUUUCCACCGACAUUGUCAUCAGCUACAAUGUUCUCAAGGGCGAGCGGGCCCAGGAGGGCUAUGAACGGCUGAAGGAGAUUGCCAAGUCCUUCAAGGUUAACGACUGGAAUCUGUUUGGUUAG